AGGGUGGCCAACUCCAUUCGGAGAGUGUUCAUCGCAGAGGUCCCCAUCAUAGCCAUUGACUGGGUCCAGAUAGACGCCAACUCCUCUGUGCUCCAUGACGAAUUCAUUGCACACAGGCUGGGUCUCAUCCCCCUCACCAGUGAUGACAUUGUGGAUAAGAUGCAAUAUUCCAGAGACUGCACGUGUGAUGAGUUUUGUCCAGAGUGCUCUGUGGAGUUCACCCUUGAUGUCCGGUGCAAUGAAGACCAGACUCGUCACGUCACGUCUCGUGAUCUCAUCUCCAACAACCCCCGGGUCAUACCGGUAACGUCUCGGAGCAGAGACAACGACCCAAAUGACUAUGUGGAGCAGGACGACAUCCUCAUUGUGAAGCUGCGGAAGGGCCAGGAGCUGCGGCUGCGAGCUUAUGCCAAGAAGGGCUUUGGCAAGGAGCACGCCAAGUGGAACCCCACCGCAGGUGUAGCCUUUGAGUACGACCCCGACAAUGCGCUGAGGCACACCGUGUACCCCAAACCGGAGGAGUGGCCCAAGAGCGAGUACUCGGAGAUCGAUGAGGAGGAUCCUCAGGCUCCCUAUGACCCCAAUGGGAAGCCAGAGAGGUUUUAUUACAACGUGGAGUCCUGCGGUUCUCUGCGCCCAGAGACCAUCGUUCUCUCUGCGCUCUCUGGCCUGAAGAAGAAACUGAGUGACCUCCAGACCCAGCUGAGCCAUGAGAUUCAGAGCGAUGUCCUCACUAUAAACUGAGGUGGUCUCUUGCAAGAGAGUGUUCAGGCGUGAGUGAUACAGAAGUUUCUAGCUCUCUGGAUUGAGACUUUUACCUCCCCAUCUCUCUCUGCCUUUCCUGGCCCAGCUCU